AUGAUGAACCGACGUUCGACAAUCUCAUUGAAAAAUAUACCUAUUACUAAACUUCAACUUCCUCCAAGAAAACGAUCGCAAGCACAACUUAAAACAUCAUCUGAAUCAUCUUUUAUUCCUCCUUCUAUCAUGACCGAUAUAGAAGCUCUUCAACAAACACAAUCUAAACAAGAAAUUACUUCAAAAGAUUCAUUAAAUCUUACUAAUGAAUUAUCCGGUGUUCUGUUACAGGUUUCUGGUCAGACACAUACCAUUUUAUCUGCUAAAGAUCAACCAGCAACGAAUGGUUUACUUUCUUUUAAUCAACC